AUGCCCAGUGUUCUCGAGAGUAGAGAACUACACCAGUCGCAACUGCGAGGCUCUUCUGGUCUUCGCAGAUUACUCUAUAAAUGUCCUAUUGUUGCGUUUGGAGUGGUUCUCUACUUUAUGUAUAUUUUGACAGUUGGCGAGAAGAUCUUUCCAGAAGAUCUUUCUUUUGGAGGAGUGUCUGCCAAACAGGCAAGCACUCUACUCUUCGUGGCCGGCUGUCUGAUCUCGCAAGUAUGUUUUUUCGCCUUUUCAUCUUUUAAUAUUGGUUUGUUAUCUUCGCCUAUCUCGGAGUCGUUUAUGGGCGUUCGCUCUUUAGCGGCCUCUCUGCAGACAGGGGUAGAAUCGGCGGAACUCUUUCCAACGAUGUUCUGCUGUUUGUGUUUAACGGCUCUUUUGACCAGCGGUACCUUUCUACUGAUGUACUUCUGUCGGGCUGAGCGGCUCUUUCGGACUAUUCCGACUUUGGUCUCUAAUGCCUUGUUUAUUGUUAUUGGGAUUCAGUGCAUCCGCUAUGCGAAUGAGCGAGUGACUUCAGUGGCUCUGCCCAUUUCGCCAUGGACAAUCUGUCUGCUCUUUAAUGGCUUAGGCCUGGCCUUGUGCGCCUUCUUCUUCUUUAACAAGAAGCACUAUCCGGUGGUCACUAAGUACAGUAUUCUGAUUAUUGCUGCGGCUGGGACAGUCUUGUUUUAUGCUGCUAAAAUGGCCAUGGGUCUGUCCCUUAGUGAUGUGGUGGCAAAUGGAUGGCUGCAAACGGAUCCACGGGUUUCUGUUACGUUUCAGCUACCGGCCUUUGCUUUCAGUCAGAUCAACCGAGCGGCCGUGGUGCAGCACCUGCCUAAUAUUGUCGGACUAGUACUGCUGAACGUACUGCAGUUCCCUAUCAAUCUGCCGCCUACGGUCUCACAGACCAAAGCGUACGCCUCGCCGCGCCAAGAGUUGUUGGCGAACAGUCUGUGCAAUGCAGCCACCUCGGUGGUGGGCAUGUCCUCUUAUUUGCUGCCUUCUUCUAUAAUGGCCGUUCGUCAGGCCGGAUCAUCGAGUCGGGUGGAUACUUUGUUAAUUUCGGCCGGAUUGUGUGUGGCGUUUCUGCUCUCCUACCGGCACUUCUUCUACAUUCCCUUUAUUGUGUUUGAUUUGAUUCUGCUCUUCCUGGGCGGGAAUAUUGUUCUGAACACUUUGGCCGCCGUUCUUCAAGAAGGUGCCUCGCAUCUGCCUUUUGUUCUGGCCGUCACGGCCUUUGCAUUGUUCAUGGACAGUAUUCUCUGGGGCGCUUUAGCAGCGAUAGUCCUCUAUGGCACCCAAAAAGGUCUACGCCGGGUGGCGCACCGACUCAUGCCCAGCACAGCCUCGACU